UUUUGUUACUGUUUCCCAAGUACUCACUCGCGACUGAGUACACGCUUAGUGCGCGUCGUAGAUUGUUGAUAUAUUGUUAAGAAGCAGAAGCAGAAGCAGAUGUGAAGCGUAGGUGAACGCUUGAGGCGCGACGUGCAAAAGGGACAUAAUUUGCAAAUUUCCUCGUGCGGUUCGAUUCCAACAAUCUCAAUGGUGGGCGGAUAUACCAGAUUGACUUCCAGCUCUCUUCCACUCCAAUUCCCUUUGUACUCCCCCCUAUCCCCCCUUGCCGAGUGCUAUAGAAAAACAUGUCUGAGACGAUUGCCAGCGAACGGAACUGCAUCGCAACAAUUGGCACUGUAAACGAUACCGCUGACGCUAUCCAAGAUAUUGUGGAUUCCAGCAUUUUGGAUGCGAAGUGUGCCAAACGCAAACUAUUCACCAAUUACACUGUAGACGAUGAGACGCUAAAAAUAGUUGAACCAAACGAUAGCCCAAAUAAUACAACCCAUACCCAUACCAUAUCCGGUAAGAUCAACGACAACGAGGAUCACAAGGAGGCUGGCAAUCGAGUGAAAAAGUGCGUCACAUUCAAUCCGGAUGAUGAGAAAAUACGCAAGUUUACCACCGGUGAGCCGAUCGUUGACCAACAGAACCCCUUCAAGAGCACUCAUCUGGCUGGCAGGGAUCAGAAAAAGAAACCGCCGCCGGUGCCAACGAAACGCUCCACGUUGAGCGUGCGGAAAACUGUGACGCAACAGUUGCGUGAACGGGAACGCGAACGCGAAAAGGAAAAGGAGCGCCAAAACGAGGAGAGGCAUCAACGAGAGAAGGAGCGCGAACAGCAGCGGAACGAAUCGAAUGCUCGCAAAAAGAAUAGCAAUAAACUGAGUCCAAGUGCCGAUGAGUUCAUCACAACCGAGGAGGUCCUCAAGCAAUCCAAAUAUGUUAAAACCUACAUCAAGAAUCCCGAUGAAUACUUUGUCUACGAUCCCACGGUGCUGGCACGCCUAAAGUUCGAGGAGUUGCGCGACAUUGCAAAGCACGCCAAAAUACCCAAGCGAAAGCAAACGUUGGCCGCACAAUCGCCACAUCGAUCGAGGGACGAUAAGCUUAAGCAAGCUAAGCAACCAGAGGCUAUCAACAACAACAGCAGCAACAGCAAACCCAAAACACCCACAUUUAAGAAGUGCUCAAAACCAAAUUAUCCCGAAUUGGCCAAUUUAAAGAUUCGAACGGGCAGCGAAUCAAACGGCGUCUACUUCAAUCCCGCCGAGGUCACCAAAAAUGCCAAAAAGUUUGACGAGCGCGUCAAAAAGCUGCAAAUUAGCUCCGACGACGACAUCGACGACAUUGACGGGCCGCUCACAAAGAGCGACUCCAGCGACGAGCUAAACCAAGCCAACCAAUCCAAUCAGCCAGCAGCUCCAAUCACCGACGCAAGUGCUGCGAGCAUGUCGGGCCACGGCACCAAAGUGGCCACGUUCACCAACACCAUCAGCUCCGAGGAGUUCCAGGCAUAUCUCAAACGCAAGGGCCUCACGCUGAUGCCCAAGCGUGAUGUGCAUGUCAUGCCAACGCCCACGCCCACGGUGACGCCCACUUCGACGCCAAUAGCGACGCCAACACGUCCGAGCAGCACAUCGCAAACGGCCGAGGAGCGACGCCAACAGGUCGCCGAAUCUUUGGCCACACUGCGCAAGAGCAAUACCAAAAAGAUAUCGGUGCUGCAGCGUCUCUCGAACAGUUUGUUUGCGACGCGCCGAAGGACCACGCCCAAGGACACUGUGCCGCUGCCGCGUAACGUUUACGGCGGCGACAGCGAUGACUAUCGCAAAUAUAAUACGGCCAACGAGAUGCGACGCAUUCUGCUCGAUGGCCAGGCGAAUGGACUCAAUGCAAAAAUGAAUGGAGUGCAGCCGCAGCCGCCGGCACAGGCACAGGCACAGCAACAGCCACAACCCCAACCACGUCUGCGAGAGAAUGCGCCGCCGAUGCAGCGCAGCAUCGAACGGCAGAGCCUCAUACCCAGACGCGUCUCGCCUGAGAGCAAUGUGGGCGGCCGGUUUAACAGAUCUGUGUCCAUGGAUCGCAAUCAAAUCAAGCUGCACAGCCAGCGGAAUCAGCCAAACCAGCUGCGCGAUCAAUAUCCCAAUGCCACAUCGACGCCAGUGCGCAAUGCUUGCGAGAAGCAGCACCAGCAGCAGCAGCAGCAGCAGACGGAUGCUGCCAUCAGUCAUCAGAAUGAGUGGGAGCAGCUGCGCACCAUUAAGGAAGUGACCGAUAGACAGCUGUACCACAAAGUGUUGCAGCAACAACAGCAGCAACAGCAACAGCAGCAGCAGUUGCCACAUCCGCCACAGAGCGAGGAGAACAUCUACGAGCAUCUUCAGUCGCAACAGCAACUGAUGCAGCCGUAUUUUGUGCGCGGCUCGCAGCAGCGCAACACCUUCUCCGGGAUCAGUGCCCGGAAUCGCCAGAUAAUGAUACUCGAUGGCAAUCCAAUGCCGAUGGCCAGUAAUCAACAGCAGCAGCAGCAUCAACAGUUGGCGCAGCCGCAGCUACAGCUGCAAUCGGCGCCGCCGGCACGCUGCCAGAGCGUUCUCGAUGAGAUGAUCACGCCCAGCAACCGAUCGGUGCGACGGGGCUAUGAGAGCGAGAACGAGACGCCAGUGAUACUGCGGCGCAAGGAGUCGAAGGAGGCAUCACGUCGCAUCGGUGGUCUGCUGACCCGCGACGAGAUACUGGAGAGGGUGAAAGAGUUUUGCCGCAAAUCAAUCAAUCGCACGCCGCUGCCCGCUGCCGCCAGCAAGAUGCAGCCCAUCUACGAGCAGCGUAACAACAACCACAACAACAACAACGGCAACAACAGCAGCAGCGGCGACAACUGCGCUGAUAUAUCGCCGGUAUCGUAUGCCUCCGUUGAGGCGCACAAGCGCCAUGGGCCGCAGGUGGUGCGAGCCCGGCCGCAGGUGCCACAGCGUGUGCAGAGCCUGCCGCGUGGCGGCAUCUUUCCACGAGGCGAACCGAUCUCGUCGUCGCCCAUCUAUGCGCACGUGAACAAGCGCAACAGCCUGCUCUCCAACGACUCGACGGAGAAGUAUUUGUCCAGUCAGCAGCUGCCACAAGUGGUGGCACAGCGCUCGCUGCUAACGCUGACGCCAACCGAAUACGUGCUCAUCCAGACGGAGGAUGGCCUGCAGGCGGCCAAGCUAAUUGACCAUCAUCACUACAACAAUAACAACAACAGCAGCAGCAACAACAGUCUCUAUGUGCACCAGCAGCAGCAGCAGCAGCCACAAUAUAUUCAGGGCUAUGUGCGCAUUGAGGAGCUGCACAAUGGCCGAUCCACGCCACUAAUCCUCGAUUGUGGCGGGCAGCGAACGAGUCAGGUUUACUGGACUGGGCCAGAGCAGCAGUCCCUGCAGCAGCCGUCCCAUCCCAAUCAGAUGUCAGUGCAGAAGAGUUCGCAACGCAACUUGGAGCGCAUGUAUCCAUUACCAGCGCCCAGAUACCACAUGCCCACAAGUUAUGUCAUUGCGAAUCCAAUUGGGUUGCCGCCAGGCAGAAGCGUUGCGCCGGAUGGCAACAGGCGGCGGAUUGGGAGUGCAGCACUCGAUUGGGAGUGCAGCUCCGAGGCGGGCGAGAUACGUCGCAUCAUGGAGAAAUCAUUAUAAGAGAAGGAGGCCAACAGCCCAGGCAGACGGACGGACGCGCAUCAUGGAUGUGGAGCAUGAGCAG